AUGCAAAGAGAACAACAAAAAACUGGCAUGUUGAAGAUUAGUAACUGCAGAGUGAGGUGUAGAGCUUUAGAGACUCUGCGUAUUGUGGUGGAGGAUGAUGAAGAUAAUAAGGAGAUAAUGGUGGGAGGGGAUAAUGUGAACACAAUAGUGAAGUUAUUGUCUGAUGAACAACCGAAAGUAAGAGAGGAAGCUAUCUCCUUGCUCUUUGAGCUCUCGAAAUCUGAGGCUAUGUGUGAAAAAAUCGGGUCUGUUAAUGGAGCAAUCCUGAUGUUAGUUGGAAUGACAAGUAGUAAAUCUGAAAAUGUGUCGACUGUUGAGAAAGCUGAUAAAAUUCUUGGAAAUUUGGAGAAUAAUGAGAAUAAUGCGAGGCAAAUGGCUGAAAAUGGUAGAUUGCAACCUCUUUUGACACUUCUCAUUGAAGAUGUUGAUAACGGGAAAGGAAUUAAAAGGGUCGAAGGUUCUCCAGAAAUCAAAGUGUCCAUGGCUUCAUACCUUGCUGAACUGGCUUUGAGUGAUGAUGUAAAAAUCUUCGUGGCUAGGAGCAUGGGUUCAUCAUUGAUCGACCUCUUGAAAAGUGAUAAUAUGCAGUCUAGAGUAGCAUCCCUCAUUGCUCUAAAUCAAAUCUCAUCUUGCUCAAAGCAGCUCCCUAUGCAAUUCAAAGAAAUCUCUGCUACAAUACUUGCAAACAUAGCAAGCUCCGACUGUGACUUUGACUCUAUCCCAGUGGGUCCCAACCACCAGACCCUUGUGUCUGAAGACAUACUUCACAACUAUCUUCAUUUGAUCAACAACACUGGACCAACAAUGGAAUGCAAGCUUCUACAUGUUCUUGUUGGACUCACUAGCUCCCCCAUUGCUAAAGCUGGCGUUGUGUCAGCAAUUAAAAGCUCGGGUGCUAUUAACAGUUUGGUUACGUUUAUUGAAGCCCCACAGCAAGAUCUCCGCAUCACUUCAAUAAAACUUCUCCAGAAUCUUUCUCCAAACAUGGGUCAAGAAUUAGCUACUUCUUUACGCACGACGCCUGGUCUUCUAAGUAGUUUAAUCAAAGUAGUUGUGGAAAACAUAACAUGUACAGAAGAACAAGCUGCAGCUGUUGGGCUUCUAGCAGAUCUUUUGGAAAGAGAUAUCGGAUUCACACGACAAAUGCUAGAAGAAGGUGUGUUUGAAAUGGUGAUUUCAAGAAUCAGAAUGGUUCAUCAAGAAGAUCCUAGAGGAAGCCGUUUUGUAGCACCAUAUUUAGAAGGGCUCGUGCGUGUCCUCUCGAUGUUAACAUUUAUGUUACCCGAUGAACUGAAAGUUGUUUCUUUAUGUCGUGAUCAUGAUCUUGUGGGGUUAUUUGUUGACCUUCUUCAGGUCAACGGGCUUGACAAUGUGCAAAUGGUUUCAGCUUUUGGGCUUCUAGCAGAUCUUUUGGAAAAAGAUAUUGGAUUCACACGACAAAUGCUAGAAGAAGGCGCGUUUGAAAUGGUGAUUACCAGAAUCAGAAUGGUUCAUCAAGAAGAUCCUAGAGGAAGCCGUUUUGUAACACCGUAUUUAGAAGGGCUCACACGUGUCCUUUCAAGGUUAACAUUCAUGUUACCCGAUGAACCGAAAGCUGUUUCUUUAUGUCGUGAGCAUGAUGUUGCAGGGUUAUUUGUUGACCUUCUUCAGGUCAACGGGAUAGACAAUGUGCAAAUGGUUUCGGCUUUUGCUUUGGAGAAUUUAUCUCGACAAUCCAAAAUCCUAAGCAAACUCCCCGAAAUGCCAAUCUUUCACUAUUUCAGCAAACAAACAGUGGUGACUGGAUUGUGUCAGGUUCACCGUGGAGUGUGUUCACAAAGGGAUACUUUCUGUCUAUUAGAAGGAUCAGCUUUGCCAAAACUUGUGGCACUCUUAGAUCACACAAAUGAGAAAGUAACUGAAGCAUCAUUAGCUGCAUUGUCAACUUUACUAGAUGAUGGGGUCAAUAUAGAAGGAGGGGUGGCUGUCUUACGUGAGGUGGAAGGAAUCAAACCGAUUAUGGAUAUUUUGCUUGAAAAACAAACAGAUAAUUUAUGGAGAAGAGCCGUUUGGGUGGUGGAAAGACUUUUACGGAUAGAAGAUAUAGCGUAUGAUGUUUCGGGUGAUCUUAAUGUUAGCACAGCACUUGUACAUGCGUUCCAACAUGGUGACUAUCAAACACGCCAAACUGCAGAACGUGCCCUGAAACAUGUUGACAAGAUACCAAAUUUCUCGAGUUUAUUUCUUCAUCUUCUUAACACACCAAAUCUACAAGGCUACAGAUAA